AUGAACGACACUCUGGACGAUGCAGUUGCCCGUGCCCAGGCUCGAGAGGCGAGAGAGUCGCUUCGGGCGAACCAACAUGUACAAUCAUACCACCUGGGUGGCCCACCGGAGCCCUGGGAAACUGCUCUUGGGGACACGGGGGAACGAGUGGGCCGACAAGGACGGACGGUUGUGGAAUAUGCGGCCAAAAUGAAUGCCAUGGGUAUCAACGAGAAGAGCCUCGCGGGACAGAACAAUCCCAUCGCAGAUCACGUUGCCACCAUGGGCCAGGACAAGAUGCGCCUCCUUUCCAGUAAUCCCGUAGUCCACGCUCCUACCAUGGGAGAUCUUGGAGGUGCUCCAACUUCAGAUGCGGUUGCUGAAGAAGAAGAGGAUGCUGUAUCAGUCUCAAGCGGUUGGUCCGAGGAUAGUGACGAAAGCACAGCCGCUCCCAGCCAAGCACAAAGAGAUUCGGCUACAGCCGCAGCCGCCAGCGGACGGGACUCAGGAGAAAGUGAAGACGUAUCUUGCGACGGGCUCGAUCUCAUCGACGACCCUGAUAUCAGGAACGCGGUGGAGGAUUUCGAUUCAAGGAACUGGACAAUGGAUCAACUAGAGGUCAGCUGUCAGACGCUGUUGGAAGAAUGCUACGCGUCCGAAGAUCGACGACGGCGACUGCUCUCGGCGGGGAUGCUGCGUAAGCUGGUGGAGAUCUACCCUUCUGCCCUCAGGUACACCUUCCCCAGAUGGAUAGCACAGUAUCGGGAGCUCCCGGGCGCCAUUGCCACGCACAAACGUAUGACUCUCCUCAUGCAGGGCGCGGAGCUUCGUACGCGAUGGCGACGAAUCAACGCCGACGAGAAGCACGGAUCUCUCCCCCCAAGUUUACUCCAUGCGUACCUAUGCAUCAUACUGGCCCUCAUCGACACCGACACGUGCCCGAGAUUCUGCCGCAUGAACAGAGUUAAGGUGGUCGGGGGCGGCGGCCUCCUGGCUCUGAGCGUUCAUUUUAAAGCCGGAGACAGGUCUCAGCGGCUCGCUUGUCGCAUUCUCCGAGAGCUGGCCCGCGAACCAUUACUGAUAUACGAGCUUCUCAACGCCGGCGUCGCAGAAUAUCUCUCUCGCUUGCUGCCUAAGCUGCGGGAGACUUCCAUUGACAGGUUGUUGGAGGCACUCGACGCUGUCGACUCCAUGGCUUUUAGCGCCAUGAGGUUCUGCAAGCUGAGAUCUGCAAAUCCCAGCCGAGGGCAAGGAAACUCGGCCCUUAUUGCUGCACUGGUAGCGGACGGUAGCAGCAUAGGGGGGCUAGAGUCGGAGAUCAGGCUACCAGAUGGCAACAAGCUGGCAACCACCGUAUGCUACCACAGCGUGCUGCAAGAGAUGUUAGCGUACGCCGGAAGGGCGCUUGAGCUUCUGGUUCAGGGCGUGCAGAGCCAAGAGGAGAUAGCCCCAGACAUGUCCCUGGCGCUUUUCUUGCAGCUCUGCUCUCGCCAAGAAGGUCGAGAUGGUAUCGAGGCAACAGACGGAAUGGCGAUGCUACGGCCCCUCAUAUCCGGCGCCCAGGCCCAAAACAGCCCGGUAUUCUUGCGCGGGCUCGCUUGCGCCGUAGCUAUCGCCCGGCAGGGGGCCCCGGGGUCCGCGCCCGGCUCCACCGGCGAAGGCGCGACGCCAUCGGCCACCGCGCCCCCGGGACUGUCGCUUCCAAAAGCCGGCGGUGUCGGUCGCUCGGGCCCCCCGAAGCCGCACCCUCUCGACUUCGAGGGCAAGCUGUACGACGACCUCGUGGGCAUCCUUGACGCGCCCCCGCCAGCGCCUCUGAACGCGGUCCGCGGGCUGGUGCGCAUGGGUUCCCUGGAGGCGGUGAUGCGGUUUCUCGUGCGAGAAGACGACGGAGAAGAAUACGGCACUGAUGAUGACGAGAGCGUCUCCCUGUCGGGCGGGGGCGGGACAGGUAGAACCAGGAGGAAGCCCGACGGCCGCUCGAGUGGCCCCCACUACUUCAGGCUGAAGCAGCGGCACGCUUGCCUCGGGGCGGUGGCCUUGCACGGCCUCGCGGUGCUCGCCGGUCCGCACCCGGCCAUCAUGACAGGCCCUACGCUGCGCUACCUCUGUUACUCGAUCCAGAUUGCCUACAUUGACCUCACCGUGGGGACGCUAGCCCCCGGGGUGGACUACCCGCUCAUGUUCCGAAGCAUCCAGCUCGCUUGCCGCGCCUUGGCGUUUCUGGCGACGAGUGGUGCGACGGGAGCCCCGCCUUUAGGAGAUGGUCAACGGGAGAAUGUUACGGUGGACGUCGGCCGUGGACAGGCGGAGGAUGCCCAAGACAGCAGUAGUGUUAUCGUGGACCAUGGACCUCUACGGCGCGUAGCGGACAGCCUGCUUUCGACGACAGCCAUCAAUGAGGUCGCUUGCUUGGCGCAGAUGCCGUCGCGGGCGGCUUGGGCUGGAGAUGAGGGACACAUGUAUCGACACCUGGAGCGCACCGUGAGCUCUGCGGCGAUUCUUGUCGCAGGCGUUUGCCCUGUGCCUGCCGGGGAGCGAGAUCCGUUCACAAGGUUUGACGAGCCAGAAGACGAGUCUUUGAGCCUUCAGCUCUGUCAGCCUCUCAUGGAGCGUUUGGUCACUACCGUGGGAGGGUCGUUGUGCUCGACGCUGAUGGUGGCCGAAAGUCUGGAGAUCAUCGCCCAUGCCUGCCGCGCGCUGGCCAAGCUUUCGGACGCCAACACGACGGUACAGAUGCUCCUCGACACCCAUGACGUCAUGAAAGCAGUAAUUCGCCUUGGCCCGAGGGCCCCAGCCGUCCUGCCGGUGGCUGCCCAUUCCGAGCGAGAGGAGGCCCGGCGAGGCGGAAGCUUUUCGCCGAGUAGGUCGGCUCGUUCGAAUCACGGGGAAGGGAGGCUGCUACCAGCAAGCCCAGAACCUCCGAAAUCUACGAUAAACCCUGGUGGUGAACAGGCACAGACAACGGCGACAGAAACAAGAGAAUCUAGCGUGGCCAGCGAGGGAGGGGAAAACAAACCACGACGAAGAGGAGAUCGUGUGGGGCGGAAGGGCUUCGGGGGUUGCAGCGAUGGGCACUCUGCUCCCCAGCCCCCAUGCAGCGGGUACGGUGUUCGCGAAGGAGAGAUGGCAGAUGCAUCAACACGGAAGCUUUGCUCUCUUCCUUUCGACUACUUCCGUCUAGUCGCGAACAUCGCGCGGGUGCCCUCUGGUCGCGCGGUCGUCCAGAGCAGUGGCACUCUCAAGCGCUGCCUCGAGAGGCUGGCUCUCGACGUAUCGGGCUGUCCGGCGGCUAGACUGGCAACGCUGCGUUGCCGAAGCGAAAUUUGCGUCCUCAUCGGUCGCAUGGCUGGCACGUACGACCGUAAAACUGGCGCCGCGAACGAAUUCAUACUACACCCUCGGUACCAAACUCUGACGGUGCUGCUCGGGAUGCUGGCCACCCCUGCUGAGCACCGCAGGCUGUUCGGAGCGACCAGGGUGCACAUCGAGUUGGCAAGACAUAACGCAGCGUAUGCUCUCGGCGCGAUCUGCACGGACACAGUCAGAUCGGUUCCCAUGGUAGCAGAUGCGGGAGGUAUACAUCUUGCGUGCAGUGUUGCCAACGACGUUAACUCGCCGAUGCCGCUGCUCAAGCAGGUCCUGAGAAUACUCCACGGUGCUGGGUCAUUCCCGGACGGAGUCUACGCCUCUCUUAUUGCGGAACCUCCGGUGCUUCGUUCGUUGAAUCGAAUCGCGAACAACGCUUACCCGGGCUUCCGACCGGAAACGACGAGCGGCCGGGAUUCUCGCCCAACCUCAUCGGCCUCGGCAAGAAAAGGAGCACAAACUGCGCCGGCGAUGAAACCAAGAGGGGACGGUGCAGGUGGAAAGGUGGAUGCCCGGGAACGCAUGCCGGUUAAUUCAAUGCCAAGCUUCCUCAAGCCCCGCAGCGCCGAGUCUCGACUGAUCUCAGAUUUAGCGACAGAGGUUGCCUACCUUGUUGGGGCCCGCGCUAACAAGUGCGGCUCACCCAGGAUCCCCGCAUCUCCACCCGGACCGGAAGAAUCGGCAAUGGCAGGUCAACACCAAAAAGCACGGUUCUUGGCCCCCAAAGACACCGCCGAAGCCACAGAAGCAAGGCUCGAAACGGGUCAAAAACGCGUAGAGGCCGAAGGCAAUCAUCUUUCUCUCACGAAUCCCGCCGCAGCCGUGGAAUCCGGAGGUGGACAUGCACGCAUUGGGAAGACAUCACAUAGUUUGUCAACGUCGACCACUCCUGCAGAUAAGGCGGUUUCAGGGAAACCCGGAACGUACUCGGGGUGUGGGGUGACCAGCUGUAAAGGGUUAGGAUUUACCGGUGAGCACGGUGACAUCGCUGGAAACACACCGCACGCCGCCUUUGUAGUUCGAAACGACGACCGCGGGAAGCGUGGCGGCGAAAGCGAAGCUUACGGUACCGCCAAGAAACAAACACCAGUUGUACACCUUGGUAGCGACAACGCUGGCGCGCAAGUACACAACAGUAGUCGCGGUUCGAUUGCUGAAGCGGAGCCUGGGGCGGAGUCGAUUGCUGAGGAGGAGUCGAUUGCUGAGGCGGAGUCGAUUGCUGAGUCUCCCGGUGUUGUCACGGCGACACCGCUGGCUUUGCUGAGUGCGAGGGAAGCAAGCUUCCGGGACGAGCUCAUCCACAGAAAAGAACACUACAGUCUGGGUGGAACGAGGAAGAAAGGAGUCGGCCAAGGCAAGGAGGAGGGGGGGGGAUCACUACAGGCCCUAGCAACUGUCGAGAGGCCCGGCGGGAUGCCUGAGGCCGGGAAGAGAGGGCGCUCGAUCGAAGCGUCUCGACGAUCCCAGUCUAGCAAUAGAAAGUUGAGAGGGAGAUCGCCCGCCCCUGUUGAUAUCGUACAGAGCCCGCUCAUCGCGAGCACCCGACCAACGGGCUUUCCCCCCGGAUCGGAAUGCCGACCGGGUCCCGAGAGAGAUAAGGCUGACCGUGGAUGCCGACAUGGGGUGGAUAGACAGGAGCCGGUAAAAACUGCCUUGAGUUUCGGAACCAAAUGUGCUCCUGGAGGGAAAGAAUUCGUCACGUUUGCACGACCGGCCGCACACUGGUCGGUGACGAACAGCUUGAGUGCUAGCCCCGGUCGAACUCGGAGCAAGGGGGUUCGUAUCCCCAAUUCAACCGAAGCGGGUGGCGUGGGUGUGGUUGGAAGGUUUGCGUCCCGAGGGUACCUCCUUGAUCCAACUUUUCAGGACCACAACCCCGUUAUCCUGCACCCGCGUCUACCACUAAUCGGCGGGGGGGCCGGGCGGGGGUUCAGCCAAGUACCGGACGGUUCGACCUUAGCCGAACUUGUCACGUCGCCUGCGGCCAAGGGUGGUGCGAAGGGGACCGAGCCGUACCGGAACAGUGUCGAGGUUUUGCGUCACAGGGUGGGCGUAUCGGGUGAAAGGAAGGCGGGCAAGCAAAGCUGCUUUGACGAGAAAGGCCUGCCGUUGUCGCCAGGAAAACUGCAGCAGGCGUAA